AUGCAGGCUCCCGUUUUCAAUCCAUACCCACAGCCGAAUGUAGAGAAGCAAGAACCUUUUUCUCAGGAAGCUGAUCGUGCAAAAGUUACUUUGGAAGAAAGCAUCAGCACUGAUGUAAAGCCAAGUGCAGCUGAACUCGUUCAGAAUCCAAAUCCGACUCUCCCUGAUACCUACCCAGAGGUAAUACGGGAGAAAAUGGACACACAGGAAUAUGAUCCCUCAGUUACUCCGAAAGAGGAGCCUCCGACUCUUCCCGAUACCUACCCAGAGGUGAAAGUACGGGAAAAAAUGGACACACAGGAAUAUGAUCCUUCAGUUACUCCGAAAGAGGAGUCUGUAAUGGAUGAAAGCCGGACCCAACUGAUCAGGAUCCAAACGUCAGUUCCUUUUUCUCUAAGUGACAUAAGUAAGAACAGCGCGCAUGCCUUGCCGCUUACCUACAGAGUGCUCAUUAAAUAUUGACG